UAUGCAUGUUUUUCUGCCAUGAUGAGAAAUAUACAUGUAAGUAAAAUUAGGUCAAGCAUGCGCAUAUUGACCAAGCAUCAUGGCGACUGAGGUAGACGACAUACAGGAAUUUCUGUCAAAUGAAUACAAGACCUGUAGUGUUUGUGGAGGUUUCUAUGGGACUAGUUUUGGUCAACCUGUUUGCAGCACCUGUCACUUGUUUCUGUUCCCUGAUGACAUCAACAACCCUGAGGAUAUCUCAUAUCUAGAGAAAACAGAUUCAGGAGACUCUGGGAAUGAAGAACCAGACGAUGCAACAGCCUUUUUCCAAACAGAUGGCAGCUGUGCUGAGGCCCCUGCGGGGGCAGAGAGGCCUUCCAGAAGGGGCAUCUCCACCCCAGCCCCCACAAAGCCUGAUAAAUUGGCAGAAAGGAUCGCUAACCUGACCAUGCCCAGAGAGUUUGACAAAGAGAAAAUUCCUGAGGGCUUGGUUGAUGCCUUACCAACAGAGGUGCUCCUAGUUGUAUUUAACUACCUGGAUGACAUCUCUCGCUGGAGUGCAGGCAAUGUGUGCAAUAGAUGGCAGCAGAUUAUGGAGGAUGAGACCACAGACGAGGAGUGGCAGCACUUUAUACGCCUGCGAUGGCCGUUGUUUGACCCCAAAUACAAAGUCAGGUGCUGGAGGACCAUUUAUACGAAACUAGUAGAAAGUGCACCUUGCAGGCUAUGCCUAAACAGAAUGAUGUUACAAAGUACACCUCCAAUAGAAGAAAACUCAUGGCGACAUCGGAGGUUACGGAGUGAGCUAAAAACUUUACAGACAGACCCCCCUGAAGGUAUCCAGGCAACCCCGCUGGACAAAUACUGCUGUCACUGGCAGGCGUCUAUCACGGGUCCUGCAGGGAGUCCGUAUGAAGGUGGAAUAUUUUACCUGUACCUGCAGAUUCCACACAGCUAUCCCAUGAGGCCCCCCGUUGUGCGAUUCAUCACAAAAAUCUUCCAUCCUAACAUUAGUCGCCAUGGAGACAUUGGACUCGAUUCCAUUCAUCACAACUGGAGUUUAGCAUUAACGAUAUCAAAAGUGUUAAUCAGCAUUCAGUCACUGUUAACAGACCCCUACUGUCAUGUCUGCAUGGAGCCAGUGAUUGGGGAACUUUAUUCGAGUAAUAAAGUGGAAUUUGAGCGAGUUGCGAGACUUUGGUCAUGGAAAUAUGCCAUGCAUGACUUUCUGUUGCCAUUUGAUAUCAAUUUAAAUGGCAUCUGAGAAGAAAAUAUUUGUUAAUUGUUUUUAAAAUAUUGUGAGAAAAGUUAUUGCAUGUGCUAGAAGUUGCCAGGGAAUAUUUGUAAAUUAUUGGUCUGAACAAUGGGGAUUGUGACAUUGAGAUUUUAUACAGAUGGAAACUGGCAUAAAACAAAUAUUUGAUUUUUGCUCAAAGGAUAAAAUCAAUUAUGAAUAAAAUAUGGCUUUGUAAACUUAUUAUCUGUAUGCUUGUGGCAGAUGUGCUGCAGCGGAAUUAAAUAUUUUCAAACUUCAAAAAGGAAAAAUUACAUCUUUUAUGGAGGAUUUGAUAUAAGUCAAUCACAGAGAAAGUGAGAAUUUUUGGACUAAAAAUCAUAUCUACACCUUGAGUUACUUAGUUAAGUAGAAACAACAAAUAAUUGAAAUUUUAAGAUUUGGUUUUAUUCAACGUCAAUAUCACAAUAGCUUUAAAACCACCCACCUCCUCAAAAAAUAUAUUACAAUUGGCAUUUUAUGAUGUAGAUGAUUUACUGUUGGCUUAACAGACGUAGAGAGCCUCAAUAAAUAAAUGGAACCCCUGUAAUGAUAAGACAAUGUUCGAUGUGAAAAGGCCUUUCCUGCUUCAUUAAAAUGAAAAGAUGGAUGAAAAUCAGUCAGACUUAUCUAGCCUUCAGUUAAAACAGUUUGAAAUGCACCCACAUGUAUAAUAUUAACUAACAUGGUUAACUUGGCCAUUUUAAUGAAAUUGUGUAAAUUAUAGCUCCAUGGUGUGAAUAAUAUACGACACCAGCAUCUCGGAGACACCCCGAGUGCCAGAGUUCACUGGAAAUAACAGAGGCAUACUGGUAACAGAGGUGGAGUUCCCACUGACCUCUGAUCCUCAGGGUUAUCAGAGGUAGAAAAAGUCUUUGUCUUUAUUUACUCUAACAAUAAUUUACUAUCAUAAAUGAAAAUUAUCAAACACGCAAAGGCCUUCAUCAGACUGAUGUGAGUAAGCUAACGAUGCGAAAAUAUUUCAGCUGUUUGAUAAUAUUCAUUUAUGAUUCAACUACCAAGCUAAUGAACAUUUUUGCUCAAUAAUUUACCAUAUUUAUACAAUUGCCAUGUGCUAUAUACAAAAUAAUAUAACAUGGUUUACAUGAUGCAAACACCUAUGAAAACUGUUCUGCCAAGUUUGUGGACAAACAGAUGAAUAAAUAUUGAUUCAGAUGACAUCUCAUAUCUGAGAAACAUGAGCUAAUACCAUUUAACACAGUAGGUGAGGGCACCCUUAGCUUCAUAUGUCACUGGUAACAACCUGCUAAUUUAAACUUCCUCUCCCUCCCCAACUCGAUGUGAAAAGUCACAAAAUUUCAAAGGUAUUUUCAGAAUGCUUCUACCAUUUACAGUGCAUUCAGACGACUAACAGAAAACCACAGACAAGAACAUAUUAGUGGGAAGUUUUAGAGCACUCUAUACUAAAUUCAGUGUUUCAGACUAAAUGGUAUUAGCAGUAACUUUCUAGUAAUCCGGAACUUCAGAGUGGAUACACUAUAAUGGACCAGACUUGGCUCUAAGAACUAUUUAAACUGAUUGUGUAUUUGACACCUUAUCAAUAUAAUUUAAAAGUCAUCCUCCCAAUAUUUCAAAAUUCAUUUUGGUGUUAAAAUGGCAUACUUGUAUUAAAAAUCCAUAAGAUAGAGCUGGAGCAUAUUCUUUUGUUUAUUGAUAAGCAAUAUAUUAAGUAAUCUAUUGUGGCUGAAUUUUAACUUUCUAAUCUUCUCUGUCUGUAAACAGAUCAUCUUAUCAAUAUGUCAUAACUGAAAAGUAUAAUUCACCAUUCUAAUGAAAGGCAUUUAAAAGUUUUAAUUGUUCUUCAAGGCCACCAAGUUGAUCACAAAAAUUGCCUUUCUUUGAUAAAAUACAGAUACUUAUUGGCAAUGAUAUAUCAGCAGGUCCUAGAGAACAAAAUGUCCACUAAUAAAGUAUUGAUAAUAAUUAAAUCAGAAAGACAGAAUGAUAUGGAAUUUUUGUCAAUCUGUUUAUAUACUGAAAGAUGUGUGAUCUUCUUUUAGAAAUGAACCAGCUGGUUGUUCUCAAACACUGAAAAUUUGAUGCAGACUGAAGUGAAAAUGGUUGAAUUCAUUUGUUUGUUCAAUAAGCUUGUUCGAUCUGGUUAACGCCAUUGGCAAGAGAAAGUGGCUGUAAAGGGACAUAUAUACUAAGGUUAAUUUUUCAUUGGGAACUCCAGAAUAAUGAUAAUUGGACAAUACUGAUUAAGCUAUCACUGAUUUUUUUUUUUCUAAAACAGUUACACCCAUGCCAUGCCAUUCUAAAAAAUUUCUACCUAAAAAUCAACCUUAUAAGAAUUUUAUACUACAUAAAACAACUUCAAUAAAUUAAUAGAUAUUUUGAAUAAUACUUUUCAUUUUACAGCUUUAACGAUUUGACUAAUGAGAUUCAUCUAAUUAAAUUGCAGUAUAGAAAUUAUACAUAAAAUUCUCCUGCCAUCCUAUUGUGUAUGUGUGUCUGUCUGUCUGUCAAACAAUACAUGUUGAUGCAUACAUUUCAAUAAAUACUAUUUCACUAAUUUAAUUAUUUUAAUAAAUAUCAUUUGAAUACAUUUAUUAAAAUAACACUGGCCUUAACAGAAAAUACUGAGCCUUACUUGAUGGUGUACGUCUCAAGUAUGGGCGACCACAAGAUGACCACGUCAAUGUGUCUUCUUCCUCCCCCCCCUCCAACAAAAUGCACAGUAAUUUACAUGCAGAAUUACAUUGCACCUUUAUGCAGCAUUAAUUCUCACCGCCUAUUUACACAGUUGACUGAUAAUGAUAGCAGGGAUAACAUGACAUCGUUCUUAGAGACCAUUCUAAGAGACUAUCACACUAAUUUUGGAACGAACUAUCUCCAAGUGGAUUCUGGCUUAAUUGCAAUUAACUUAAGCGGCUUAGAUGUCUGUCACGCCUACUGAAGCUGAUAGGGGGUAAUUAACUAUCGUUUAGCAGCUUUAGCAGGCAUACCAGACAUCUAAACCCCAUAAACUGAAAGCAAUUUAGCGAGAAACCUCGUGGAGAUGGAGCAAUCUGUUAAAUCGAUCUAUGGAUAGGAACCCAGUCUUUAAAUUAUCUGGACCAAAUGGAUAAGACUGGGCCUUAUUAUGUGUCUUGUCCUGCUCCCCC